AUGGUUGAAGAUUCAGAGCUCGAAGUUGUGGCUAUCAACAGACUAGAUAAGUUCUUAAACUCUAUGGAUAGUAAAUUAGAAACCUUAGAGGCCAUGCUUCCAAGUUACUCGAGCAGUGGAUCGAGCUCCUACAGACCAAGCCUAAAUCGGCUGAAGCAGCGUGGUAAGAGAAUUGUAAAGUGGGGUAAAUCGCAAGUCAGUGGUGUUCCUGCUUAUGCCAUGCGAAAAAUGGGUCAGAGUCCGGAUGAGACGCCAGAAGAUAAUCAAGAGGGUGAGAGUAUUAUACACUUGUAUAAAUUCCUAAAGACCACGACACAAGAAUUUAACAGUCGUGAGGGAACACCUCUCGAAUCCGAUGCUGCGACCAUGGUAGAUACCAAUAGCGCAGUAAGUUUGGAAAAAUUCUCCAGGAUAUGGGAUGAACAUUUCAACGCGGGUGUCUCGGGUGAGGCGUCAUUCCAUUCUUCGUCAUCUACUCUUGUGUCAUCUGCGUCGAGUCAAACCUCCAAAACUUCGCAGCGCAAAUCGUGCUCUUCUGUAUCAACAGAGCAGCUUUUGCAGAAUCUGGAUUAUCUUGAUGGGAGACUAGAUACCUUGAUAGAGGAUCCAGAAUCUGUUGCAGAGUGUAUUAAUUUUUACAAUUAUGAAAAAGCUUUAGAAAUUGGUCGUCAUCGUCACCUUCAUUACUACGAAUUACCUUUCCCCUGGAGGGAGAAUAGAUUUGUAAUCCAUGGAUAUCGUUUUUACGACUCUUAUACGAAGUGCUUGCUGUCCAUUAUUAACUGGUACGGCUGGCAUAACGAGACCACAAACAUCUGGAGUCAUUUGAUCGGCGCAGCAUAUUCUGCAUUUCUUUUGUUCCACGGCUUUUCCCAAACUGCGGUUUACCAAUCCGCUAAAAUUCCUUCGGGAGCAAUAUGGAUGGCAAACUUUUUCCUUGUUGCUAGCAUCAAAUGCUUUAUGUUCUCGGUUACAUGGCACACCUGCAAUGGUUUUUGCAAUUUGAGGCAGCGCUCGAGAUGUGCUUGUUUUGACUAUAGUGGCAUAACAAUUUUAAUAACUGCUUCGAUCAUGACAACGGAAUUUGUUUGCUUGAGUAGCCAUUCUGGCUCACCUUAUACAGUUACCUUACUCCUUUACAUGAUAAUCUCUUUUGCCCUGGGUGCAGGUGGUGUAUUUAUGAACUGGUCUCCUAAGUUUGAUAGACCAGAAUCGAGGCCAUUCAGAAUUGCAUUUUACAUUCUUUUAGCAAGUAUGGGUGGCCUGUCCUUCGUGCACUCCAGUUGUUUGAAUGGAUUGGCGUAUACCUCGUCUUUGAUGAGACCAGUGUUUAUGAAGUCCCUUAUUUGGUAUCUCACCGGUGUCGGCUUUUAUGGUUCCUUCAUCCCUGAACGCUGGAGAACCGAUAUUCAAGUUGAUGAGUGUAUUCCCACAAACAAAGAAUUGUCUACUGACCUUGAUAUAAUCACAAAGCACAAGCAUAUUCAUUUCAGGGAGCUGCCAACCAAACACGCGAAGUGCGACGGAAAGCAUGAAAAGUCAUUCAAGUCUCUUUGGUGGGUUGAUUAUAUAUGUGGCUCACACACUAUUUGGCAUUUUUUUGUGCUGUGUGGGGUCAUUGGACAUUAUGAAGCUAUUCUUGACAUGUACCAAAAAAGAUGGAUGGCAAGUUGA